AUGGCAAACCAUCCAAGCAGCGGAUCAGGUGCGAUCCCUAGACAAGUCGCAAGACAAAUUAGGCAACAAAUCCAAACUCGAGGCCGUACAACAGGACGUUCCGGCGUACCAAACUCCCAGAACAGUAUCAUCUACCGAUCUGGUCAAUACCACAGCCCUAUCAGACCUGGUAUGGGCAGUAGCCGCUUUGCCACUGUUCAAGAUGACGUGCAGGAUCUCUCUGAACCUGAUCCUAUGGAACUUGAUCCGAUGGAAAUCGACACUGUCCAAGAACCUACACCAACCACCACCAGGGCUUACACGAAUGAGGAACCUGGAGAGAAUGGAGUUCACCGCCACAUCUUCUACAUUCCCAUUCGCUCUCGCCCCAUGCCGACCCUCGACCUGGACGUGUUGACCGCCGCUCGCACUGAAGUGGCUCACAUUCAGAGAGCGGGACUUCCAGUUCUGCAAACCUUGCCUGAGCGACCUGGACCACAUGUCUACAUUCGUGUUGACACUGACCAGCCAAACCGUGAAAACGCAUUGACGGACGCAAAUCUUCGGAUGGGUACCAUGCAGGAAAUGAUUCGCGAUGGCUUCGGCUGGUUCUCGGGUUUGCCUUACCGCCACCCGCAUUUCGAAGUCAAAUUCCUGCGUGGUCGACGCCUCUAG